GUUGGCCUUGGCGGACGACUAUGACAGCCUCGGCCGAACUCCCUCCCAGAGAAUCUACGAGCUUGUGCAGUUCAAAACCACAGAGGAGAAGCGGACUGGAAACAAAUUGAACGCCGAGGAGCUUUUCAAUGCUUGGACACGCAUGGUGAAAAACCCUGAAUCCAAGCUUGUGGAAAAGGUCAGCGCGACGUUUGUCGAGUACGCUUUGCUGGUACACGACCGGCUGUUGAGUGACUCGGAUUUGCGAGAGGUUGUGAGGGAUAUCGACGGUCGCUAUGCCCAAGCAACCCCACUGACCGUGCAGAGCCUGCGCGAGAUCGUUCGAAUCGGGAAGAACAAGAAGUACAUCGGCUGGGCAAUGUGCACACUCAGAGAUCUUCUGGAUUCGGCGGUUUUCUCUUGGCGAGACCUUGGAAGCCGUUCCCUUGCCGGGCCGCCGCGACAGCGCGGGCUCCUCGAUCUGUGGAACAUGAAGCUUGACCUCUUGGAUCAUCUGACCGGUCCCUUCCUGACCGGUCUGAAGCUUUCGGAUGGCGAAGUGAAGGCACUCUUGGAUGCCUACGACUCUCACCAGACUUUUCGGUCCUCCCUGAAGAGUAAAUCCUGGCAAGGAGCUUUGAGCGAUGCUGCCCGGAAGCUGUCCGACCUUAUCAGUGGUGUGGUCUUUGGUGUUCAGCAAGAUGGGGUACUCAAGACGACGCUGAAGGGGACGGUUGACCCCAAGGAGUUCUUGAGUCAGUGCCCCUUGCUGCAAGCAACCAUGGGAGAGAUCACGGAUCUUGCCAAGAAAGCGGUGCUGGGGCACAGCGGCGAGAGGUUGGCAGGCCAGCCGCUGCCAGGGGAUGAAGCGCACGUGGCAGAUGAGGACUUCUCGUUGGAGGACCUGGUGGACAAAGAGCUGCUGCAGAAGGACGACGGGACCUUGCAGCAGUGGAAGGAGUUCGCGGCCAACUUGGUGGAUCAAUUCGUGACCAUCGUUUCAGACGACCUGAAAGUUGCGACCAUGGAUUGGGCAAAGGCUUCUUUCUCGGAUGCAAUCCUGACCAAGAUAGAUGGCCGAGCACUAUUCCUGUACGACGUCAAGAUCGCCGGAGAAGCCUCGUCGAAUCCGAACAGUCGGCCACCCAGCUUCAGAAACUCCCACCUGAAGCGCGGCGCCCAGACCUUUGUCUACUUGCGGGAAGACAAAGACCACCCCAAGGAUAUCAACCCGAAGGACGUGAUCCUUGUCUUGGAUGCAGGUAAGAGUGGAAACGAGACAGCCAUUGCAUCUUCCCUCAUUUGGACCGAUGGAAGCCACUUCAAGAAGGAUAAGAGUGUGUUCCACAUCGUUUACAGCGAGGACAGCCUGAAUGAACGGCGGGCCGUGACAAGAGGCAUUGUGCAGCAAGAUGAACGGAUGUACAUGUUCACUUCUUCGGAGGCAACAUGGAAGUCCCUUGGAUGA